AUGAACUAUCUCACCUUUAUAUUUAAAUAUUUAUUAUCAAAUAAUAUUCAAUCUGUACAUGUGAUUAAUUUGAAUUAUGAUAUUGAUAAAGAAAAACAAGUACUAAAUGGAGAUCUAGCAAUUUAUUUAUUUCAAUCUGAUUCUCAAAUUAAACAUAUUACUAUAAAUGAUUGUACUCUUUAUAUUAAUAAUGAUGAUAUUGGUAUUUGUACUCGAUUAACACAUGUUUCAGUUGUACUUGAAGGAAUGCAUCCAAUAAAAAUUCGAAGUCAAGAAUGUAUUGUUCAAGAACCACCUAAUACUAAAGGAAUAAAAUCAUGUAGUACAUUUCAUUCAAUUACUUUUACAGGAUGGAUUAAAUAUUUUGAUCAUAUGGACAUGUUCUUUGCUAAUUUUGGAUCGACAAUUGAAAGUCUCUUUUUAAACAUUGAUUUAAUGUUUCUUACAGUGGAUGGUAAACGACUUCAACACAGGAUCUAUUAG